ACCAGUUUGUUGCGCAUUUGGCAUGCUACUAUGCGCCUGCUGUGCUAGUUCAAGAGCAAACUAUUGUGGGGAAUUUUUCUUUCUAAAGAAGGGAGCUAAAUGGUACUGGUUUACAGCAUGUAUCAUAACAAGUAUUGGGAUCUGCCUAUGGAAGCUUAAAUCCCACAAGAGUACAUGGGUGUACACCAUAACACAUCCUGCAUUUGCACCCUAUUUGGCCUAUUUUCAUGUUUGUUGUUUUGUGAAAGCGUAUCUUCUGCUAAAGUUGAGUCAAAAGAAGAGCUAAGAAAGUAGUACAUCAUCUCAAUUGCUUUAUACUGUUCAUUGUUCAGUUAGCAUUCAACGGGCUAAAAAUGCAUCUCUACAUUUUAGAAAUAAGCCCACCAUAAACUUGUGGAGAAUUAUCCUUUAGAUACUAGGCUACCCUUUUUAUACUCUAGGCUCUGCAUAAGGUUCUCCAUAUAUUUUAAAAAUCAAAGGCAAACCUGCAUAACAAAAUUAAAUAAUGCAUCUGCUAACCUUUCACUAUUGUAGAUCCGUUGAAAUGCGCGUGGUUUAUUCUAUUUGUUUGGUAAUAUUGUUCAGCAUUUUCCUUCUUUUUUUUUUGUGUGUGUUUGGGGUGGGGUGAGAAGAGAAACUUCAUUGCUUCAGUAGUUCUGCUGGUUCAAACAUAUCGACUGCUGGUUGAGUAUUGGUUGAUAUUGGGGGUCAGAGUAAAAGCGCUACCUUGCUGAGAACCAUUGGGUUUGGAAGAUGCCGAGAAAGAAGCAAGGCUGUGAAAGCACAGGAGGAGGAGGGGAAAAAGCAAGCACACGUAAAAAGCAGAAGACUUCAUCAGCAGAUUCUCCGCCUGUACGGGAUGACCUCUCGCGCGAUUUACGCAAGUUUUUCCUUCCCCGUGGCUAUCCUAUGCCAUCUGGGCUUGCUGUGGGCAUGCACUUGACGAAUACUUUUGAAGAAUGUUUUGAAAACUUGGAUGGCUGCAGUGAAGAACACGCUAAAAUUAAAUUAGUUGCUUCAAGGAUGUCUCAGUCAGUUGUCUCCCUUGCUUCAUUUAAGGGGAGAGUGAGGCUUUUUACGUGCACAGGCACAAUUAUAGGACACAUGGCAUCCAAAAUGAGCAUUCUAACUUCCGCUAGCUUGGUUACAUGCCACAAAGAUGGAACGAAGAUGGUUGAUAAAUUGAAGAUUAUGGUGCGCCUUCCCAAUGGCAAGUUAGUUAAAGGGAAGUUAUGGAAUUAUGAUUUCAACUACAAUAUUGCUGUUGUGAGGACCAAGUUUUUCCCGGAACUUCCUGCAGUCCACGUUCAUAAUGAAGUGCAAUUUAAUUUUGAAUUCUCUCAAGCUAAUCUUUUAGCGAUUGGACGCUGCUUUGAAUCUGGAGAACUGAUGGCUACAAGUGGGACUCUGCUGUACAAAACUAGCAGACUUGACUGCCAAGAACUCAUGGUCUCUACUUGUAAGAUCACAAAGGCUGGGAUUGGUGGUCCCCUUGUUGGUUCUGGUGGAAACUUUGUUGGCAUGAACUUUUAUGCUAAGGAUGAAACUCCUUUCUUACCAAUCAGUAUACUUCAGAAAUGUUUCAAGCACUUUGAGAUAUUUGGGAGAGUUGUACAACCAUGGAUUGGCUUGAGGAUUGGAUCCCUUCAGGGUGAAAAAUUGAGUAUCCGUGAAGAAAUACAUGAUAGCUUCCCCUGUGCAAAUGGCAUUUAUGUGAAAAUGGUUUCUGAUGGAUCCCCAGCAGCAGAUUCUGGUAUUAAAGCUGGUGAUCUUAUUUUGAAGCUGGAUGGAGUUGCUUUGUUCAAUGCACAAGAGUUCUAUGAGUUGAUUUUGGACAAGACAGAGAGUGCUUUGGGACAUGGUGAAGGAAUGGUCUUUGAGGUUUAUGUCCUAAGGCCAAGUAACGGUUUUGAGUUCUGUGCAACUAUCAAUACAGAAGAGAUCGGCAUGAUUAAGCAAAACAGAUGGCCAGUACCUGAGGCGGAGUGGGUAUAUCCAAAUCCAAGCAUGGAUGACGACGACGAUCUUACUUUUGCGCCAGAUAUUCCUGUGUCUUACAGAGUUGAGCCUGUCUCUGAAUUUUGUGAGAAUCUUGUUGUCCUCCUGCUUCUCCUUUUUACACAAAUUGCAAGGUCUUUUAACUCAGGAUCAUGUUUUCAUCUUGUUGUCCAAUAGAAAGCACAUUUUUGGGGUAAGUUUAAAGCACAUAGGUUGCAUUCAACCUUGGUAAGAAAGGCCCAAUCAUACCACGACCUGGCUCUGCAGAGGGGGGGAGGGGGGGGGGGGCGUACCUGUUACCUGUUGAAAACCCUUCAUGCAACAAACCGCUGUUACUCAUGAACCUGGACAAUUUGGUUACUGCAUCUUGUUAGGCUCAUUGAACACAAGUUCUAAACUGAAGGAAAACCCGGAUACAUUUACAUCUUCCUUGGAAUAUAAGAUGCUCCCAACUUUCUUAAUAUAUUAAUCCUUCCCAUGUUUUUUUUGGAUAUGCUAUCGCUUUU